AUGCCUUCCAAAUUCAGGAAAACUGCAAUCAGCAGCUUAUCCCAUCUCUACGAUUACACCUCCAACGUCGCCAACAAAAACAAUAAUGUUGCCAUUGGUGCUGCUGCUUCCUUGAUAGGCAUAGGUUUGGACUCUGUGAACUCUUCAGGAAGUGCCAAAACCCAUUCAAAUUUUUGGAAUGAUGAAAACUUCGAACCAUCAAACCCUUUUUAUCACAAUGAUCUGGACAGUCUUUCUACAAACAACACUCCAGUCGAUUCCUCUACAAAAAAAGAUCACUUUAUGGAUAAAUUUUUUGACAAGUUAUUAAUUCAUGCUAUACCAAAUGACAUGCCAAACAAAGACAAAUUACAAUCAAGAAUCAAUGAUCCCCUACGAAAAAACACUCCUGAACUAUCCAUAAAAUUACUAUUCAAAAAUAUCAAAAAAUUAAUGGAUAGAGCAGGAAGUAUAUUUGAAUUCCAAUAUCUAAUCAUACAAAUAUUCACCUGGAAUGAUCCAAUUAUAACUCUCAAUUCUUUAAUCAUUUACACCUACUGCUGUCUUUACCCAUACUUGAUCUUAAUGUUGCCUUUGCUAUAUCUAUUAUUGGUUAUAAUGCUUCCUUCCUAUAGCUACAGGCAUCCUCUAUUGUCCAUUCGAUCCCUAAUACCCUUUAAAAGAAAGGACUCUCAAACUUUUAUCGAAUACUUAUUAAAUUCAACCAUACUUACAAAUAAAAGGAUUUCAAACAAAUUUAAUAUCAAUGAUAACGCUAAUGAUACCAAUAUUGAUAAUACUAAUGCAAAUAACAAUAUCACUACCAAUAAUGGUCUUAUUUCAAAUGAUAAUCUGAAUUCAAAUGUAAACAUCAAUGAAAAUCUAUUUGAAAAUGAAAAUUACGAUAAAAAGGUAAAGCUUGACACAAGAUUUUUAAGAUAUAAUAUGGAUUUAUUUGUCAAUAUAAGAGAUUUCCAAAAUUUAUUAACAUAUGUACUAGAAUUGUUCGACCAACUUGAAAUGUUCAUAUAUGGAACCGCUGGCUUUAAAAAUGAAAAGGACUCCACUGCUUUCUUUUAUACUGUUUUACUUCUAAUCAUACUGAUCUUUAUUAUUGGCCCAUAUAUUCCUUGGGCUUUAGUCUUUAUAUUUUUUGGUUGGGUUGUCUUCACUGUAACUAAUCCCUUGGUCUUAAAAUACAUCUCUCAAUACAACACUCUAAUUAAUAAUGAAAAGGAAAAAAUCGAUCAAGUUAUUGUCAAACAUAAGAGAACAGAUAUAAUUUUAGAUGAAAAGCCUUAUUUUAAUUUAAUCGAAAUCUUUGAAAUCGAAAAACAAGGCAUAAUCUUUAAUUCAUGGAUAUCAGAAGCUUUUUCAACUAUUGUUUUUGAUCCAGGUUGUUCUGAAAGAAAGAAAAAAAAUCCGCCUGAUGGUGUGAAACAUCUUGAUAAUGUUUUGCCUCCAAUUAGUUGGAAGUUUUAUUUAAAGAAAAACACCUCUUCAUCAAAACCAUACGAAUUCGAAGACCAAGAAGAAUAUGAAUGGAAAAUCGAUUAUAAUUCCAAAAAUUGGCUAAAAGAAAGAAGCAUCCCCAAUAUCUAUGUUAAAAAUAAUGAUGAUUCCUGGGUAUACGAUUCUGAUGACACAACCGACGGUAUUUGGAGAAGAAGAAGAUGGACAAGAAUUGUAUAUAGAUAUGCUAAGCCAGCCAGAAAACCAUUCUAUCAUUAA